AUGGGCUCGUGGGGGGAGAUGUUCCAGACAGCGGCCGCUGCUGCAGACUCCAUUGAGGAAUUCGAGGAGCAGUAUGGCUCUGCUCCGCCGAUCCUCAUCGGAUCGGACUACCAUUCAGGCUAUCCUGGCAAGAAAGGGCGUGGGAAGGGGCGGAAGGGUGGCAAAGCAAAGGCACAGUGGCAAGCCAGAAGCUUCCAGAAUGAGCCGAAGCAGGACCAAGAAGAGGCAGCCACGCAAUCAGAGGUGCUGGCUACAGAGCUUGCCAUGCUACGAAAGCGCGUCGCACGCAUGGAGGCAGCCCUGGAAGCGGCUGGGAUAGAGAUCCCGGGGUCCGACAUGUCAGAGGCAGAGGGGUCCCAAGAGUUGUCGGAAGAGGAGGAGCCGAGCAUGUCCAGCGAUGCAAAAGAGCAGCCGCCGUUGCAAGCAGGCGACACCUUUGCCGAUGCCUGCUUCCAAGCUGCCAUGGAGCACGAUCGAAGCUCGCGCCGCCAGAGAUAG